AUGGCCCUAGGAAGAUGGAGAUGGGGUGCAUUGUUGGAUAAUAGUACUGCUACGCAGUCCCCGGGAAAUGGUGUCCGAACAGCACUUUUAUUUGAUGGAGUCGUGCUCCCGCCUCCACGGCGUGCUCCAGCACGUACUGAUGGCAGAAAACUUCGCCCUCGCCAGGAAGUUGUCAGCGAACGCACGAGAGGAAUACGAGAUGGAGCAUUAGGAGAAGACAGGUCUUCACCUGGAUCUGAUUUGGACUAUCACGGCGACUCGGACAGUGACAAAGAUGAUUCCGAUUCGGACGAAGAGGAAUACAACCUCCCGACGAAGAGAAAAGUUGGAGAGCCAACCCACCCGCCGCUAUCUAACAAGAAACGUAAAACCGAUGGGAAGAAAUAUGAGUCUCAGUCAACGAAGCGAGCACAACGGGGAUCUACACAGGAAACAGAAGCAGCCGUCGAAACACGACAUUCGCUCUAUGCUUUGAGACUGGGAAAGAACCCCAGAAAGACAAGAUCUGAAAUGGCGCCCUUCCUUGAAGACCGACGUUCCACUAUGGAAAACUUCAUGCCCACACAAAGCUCAUUGUAUACAGCUCAAUUUCGUUUGUGUUCCUCCGUCUCGCAGAAAAAUGAACACCCGGAAACCUCCUGCGACCUUCUAGAGCUUCUGGACCUUGUGUAUAGUGCAGAGCUGAAAGCUAUCGUUUGCAGGCCCCACUCUAUGCUUCUCCCUUUGAACGCCAUUCCUUCGCACCUCAGGAAGCGACAUCCCCACCUGAAACUCGACCGCUCAACACAACAUGAUAUUGUGACGCAUAUUAGAGAUUGGCUUAGCUCUGAUGCCCUUCAGUCUCCAGAAACAGCCAUCCUCCCUGAAACCCUAUCCAUGCCUCUCAUGCUUUCUCCCAAGACAAUCCGAUACCGAUUCCUGUGCCCCAAAUGUAGUCAGUGGAUCGCAAGAAAUGACUCGUACAGAGGAUGUCCAGAAGCCGAAUUCUAUUCGCACAUGAAAAAAAUUCAUGCCAUUUCCAAGAGGCCAAAAACGGUGAAGGGAAGCUGGUGUCAAGUCAUUCACAUUUAUACCUACAAAAAAGGGCGUCCCAAGGACCACUUAUUCUGUUUGCCAAACUACACCCCUGAUGACCUUCCAAUUACCCCAUCCUUCACCACCAAAACCUACGACGCUUCCCCAAAUUCUACCUGGUUCCGAGAACUGAAGUGGCCACAGCAUCGAGCCUCAAUCUUGGCCGAAAUUCCACUUGAAAAGUUGGUUCUAGCGCAAUUGAAUGAGCGCGACCGAUAUAUUGAGAAAGGAUUGCUUCACGUGCGUGCAAAGCUUACUGCGUACUUGAGAAAUGGCCAAGACUUCAUCUCCUCCUUACAUGGGGCCCACGAGGGCUGUUUCAAAACGCAGGAUGAAAAGCACCUUGCGUUCUUUCGCCUCAUUAACGAUGAGAACAUCCCCUCUUAUCGAGGUCCCCUCAUGAAGGUUAUCGCUAUGCUUGUUCGAUUGGCUGCCCUUGUGCAAUCAAAGAAGGAUGCGGAUAAGCAGGUUGUGAAGUCACUCUUCCUGGGGCACGACAAUCAGCUCAGCGAGAGCCGCCGUCUUUGUGAUGUCUUGGUGGCGAUGAAAGGAAAAGCUUCGGCAGGCAACGAUCAUAUCUCAAGGGCGCUUCAUCGUUUACUUCGAUCCUUGCUUUGCCCUGAAAGCCUUAGUGAUCAAGACAUAGCAUGCCCUACAGAGCUCUUCGUUUUUUUGGAAUCUCUCACGGAUAACGCAGUAGGAUAUCGAACAGCGGCCUCCGUUAAAGGCCACUGCUGCAAGCUGCAGUUUGGAUUUCGAAUGAUUUACAUUCAUAUUGUGAGGAUGGAGGCACACCAAAUUUCUGAUUAUAUGCCAUUCGAGAAAAAAGCAACCCCUGUUCAAGUUCUUGGUAGAUUACGGCCUGUCAGGGUCAUCCAUGGUCAUCAAUUUUGUUUGCUAGUUGUUGGCCACCGAUUGCUCCGUAUUCCCGUUCAUUUUUCCCAAUCCGCAAUGCCUGAGGAGCUCGCCAAAGAAGAUGGAAUUGACACAAUCAAAGUGCGACCGCGGGUCUCACAGAGUACUACUACGCAGUCCCGGGGAAACGGUGUUCGAACAGUACUUUUAUUCGACGGAGUCGUGCUCCCGCCUCCACGGCGUGCUCCAGCACGUACUGAUGGCAGAAAACUUCGCCCUCGCCAGAAAGUUGUCAGCGAACGCACGAAAGGAAUACGAGAUGGAGCAUUAGGAGAAGACAGGUCUUCACCUGGAUCUGAUUUGGACUAUCGCGGCGACUCGGACAGUGACGAAGAUGAUUCCGAUUCGGACGAAGAGGAAUACAACCUCCCGACAAAGAGAAAAGUUGGAGACGCAUUUCAGAAAUACCAAAAGUACAUUUCUCAAGAACAAAGACUGGAUUUUAUCUCACCAUUUGGCCGAAACACCCAUAUCUGGAUGGUCGCCGCAGCUGGUGCCAAAAAUGAACCAGUCGGGGCCCAACUAAAUGUAUCAAUAAUGGAUGGUACCAUCAAAGUAUCACAUGCGGGCGACGCGACGUCUCUUCCCAAAACCAUCAGGCUGCGGUGCUGGGCUAAAGCUGCUCAAAAUUCAAUUGUUGAAUUCCGGGACUCAGUUGAACAGCUCCUUCCGGAUAGCAUCUGCGCCUCCACGUUCCCUUUGGAAAAGUUAUCCGAUAAUCUUCUUUCAUCUGAUGCUCCUCAUAAACAAGCCGCCAAUGCCAUUUCACUCGGUACAUGGACAGCCACAGUUCGGGAAGCCCUGUUUAAGACAGGAGAAAAACGCCACGGCAUAUUUAAUAGCCUUGGAGUUUCGUCUCUCGCAGCGAGGAAAUGGUUUAAUAAGGAGCAAACGUCUGUCCUCCCCAGCCUUGCCAAGGUUCUGGCCUUUUCAUGUGGAAUUGGGCUACAGGAGUUCAAAUAUGGCCAAAUUUGCUUCAGCCCGGAGGGCCACUCCAACCGAAAUGUAUGGAUGUUGAAGAAUGGCCUCAUAGUUAUCAACGAUCCCGUGAAGAGCUUUGGGUGGAAGAGCACAUGCACCCGUCUCUUUGCCCUCCCUCGUGAAGUGACGAAACACCUGGCUCUGUAUCUCUAUGUCAUCCGCCCCAUUGCAAUUGAGCUUCUAGGUCAUUUGGGGCAAGAAGUCCCAUACUAUUCAUCAAAUAUCUGGGCACAUGUCCAACGUCCCCGCCCUUGCGAAGGAGCUAACCCUUGGAUAUGGUCUGGAAGCCGAGUGUCAGGCUUAAUUCAGUCGGCAACCAAUAAAUGGCUGGGAGUUGUUUUGACACCCACGCUGAUUCAGCGCAUAGAAUCCCAGUUGUUUUCAAAAUAUCUCCCAGCUCUUUCUGUCGCGGAUGAACAAUCUCCUGUCGAUCAACAGGCUCAGCAUGUGUGCCACACUUCGCUGGCUCAUUACGGUUGGGUCUCACAUUUUCCACCUAUCAAGCACCUGCGCCUCCAUCAGCCCAUCCGGCAUCUUGCCCUCAGUGAAAUAUGGCAUGCACUCCUCCAUUUAGGACCAGUGAAUGAUUCUUGGAAGAAUACCGUGGCAGAAUCUCCACUGGCUGCUACGCUUAAUGGUCUACAAGCCGCUCUUGGGGUGGCUAGGUAUCUGGUACCAGGGCAAUAUAAAAUUCGCUCUGCAGAAAAUGCACAGUCCGUUUUACAAUCUUUGCCAUUUGUUUAUGGCUCUCAGGCCGAUGCGAUACUGGGAGAUCCUGUUCUCCAAAAGGUCACCAGUUCUUUGUGCCGGAAUUCGGCUCAAAAUAAACCAACUCUAGAUGACGUUGCAGAUGCUGCCGUCAUAAUUAUCCAAGAGCUACAGCGCUGGUCCUUCACUGGAGCCACGAAUCCAUCGGUGAUGGAUAGUGGGGAUCUGCUCCUGUAUGAGGAUUUGAGAAUGGAGCUCCUUGGCAAGUACCGAAAAUUGAAAUCGGAAGAUGAACAGACUUGGGCCACAUUCUGCGCUGACGUGUUUAAUUUCCACAACAGUAUGAUUUAG